UUCGGCACGACGUCGAUCAGAGAGGGCCAACUUGUGACCUGGCCCAAUACUUAUCGCACCAAGCAAGAGCCCUUUGGCCUGGUGGACCCCAGUCAGCCGGGGAAUUUGACCCUGGCCAAGCUUCGUCUCAUCGACCCUCACUACCGCAUUUGCUCAACACGGAAUGUGCCUCCGCAGCAGCAUGACUGGUGGGCCUCGGCCGCGAGAGAGGCAGCGCAGCUGGAUCGGCGCUUACCGCCAGAGAUUGUGUGUGCUGUAAUGGAACACAUUGGUCAUCCGCCGAUAUCUGCGGCCGAGGCAGAAAUCUGGCGUGGAGAACUCCUCGGCGACCACGAGCGCGCGCAAAAGGCC